GCAUCACGACUUGGUCGCUUUAGUCUUUUCUGACCUCUGGACUGCUUUGUUCAAUUCUAAUCACAUUCAACAUCUCACUUCAAUUGUCCAAUAUGCCCGGCUCAUCUCUCUGGAUCGUCCCUCCCAAGGACAGCUCCUUCUACAAAGCUCUCCAAACCCUCAUCUCCACCACCAUACCCCCUCACUUUCCAAACACCAAAACCCACGAGUUCAUCCCUCACGUCACCAUAACUUCAAAUAUCGAUCAGUCUAUAUGUGGCUCUGAUCCUCAGGCUUGGCUUUCAGGAUUGCAUCUACCUUCUGCAGACCAACUUGACCCCAUCUUCGUAACAUUGGAUGUGCUGGAACCUGGAGAUGCCUUUGUCAAGAAAUUGACCUUGAGGGCUGUAAAGAAUGGUCAAUUGUUGGAGCUCGCUGCUGCUUGCCGUGCAGAGGCCGUUGAAGGAGGCGAUAAGGGAAAGGCUGAACGAUGGGCCAAGAACGAUUACUUGCCUCAUCUAUCUCUGAUGUAUGCCGACUUGCCCAAGUCCGACGUCGAGAAGCAUGUCGAUGAACUGCAGGAAGACUGCCGCAAAGCUGGCCGUAGUGUCGAAUCCCACGAUGACGGUACAGUCGCCAAGGGAGGUAGCAUUGUCUUGGUCGACACGAGUAAGCCGAUUGACCAGUGGGACAUCAUUGCUGAGAGAGCCUUGCCGGACGUCAAGUGGGAAUGGCCAUGGUCAAAGUCCAGAUUUGAUGAUUAAUGUAUAUCAAUUUCGCUGUUAAACUACAAAAUACAACACGCUCAUCGGAAGCAGGUGAUGAAAGAGUACUCUAAUCAAUAAGAAAUUAACCAUAAGAAAAAUGAAACAUCGCUUUGGGUCGUCCAAGAUCCUCGUCCAUCUACAGUC